GUGGAGAGCUCUGGAGCUUGUUUCCGGCCACCUCAGCGGGAAUCGGAGACGCGAGCAGCUGGGUCCUUGGGAACUGAGGUAGAGGUAUAACUGUUGUCGCGGCGGAGCAAGUCAAGACGCACCUACGGCCGCCCGGGCCAGUGUUGAGUUUCCGUAGCCUGUGAAGAUGGUGUUGCUCACGAUGAUCGCCCGAGUGGCGGACGGGCUCCCGUUGGCCGCCUCGAUGCAGGAGGACGAACAGUCUGGCCGGGAUCUUCAACAGUACCAGAGUCAGGCUAAGCAACUCUUUCGAAAGUUGAAUGAACAGUCCCCUACCAGAUGCACCUUGGAAGCUGGUGCCAUGACUUUUCACUACAUUAUUGAACAGGGGGUGUGUUAUUUGGUUCUGUGUGAAGCUGCCUUCCCUAAAAAGUUGGCUUUUGCCUACCUAGAAGAUUUACAUUCAGAGUUUGAUGAACAGCAUGGGAAGAAGGUGCCAACUGUGUCUAGACCCUAUUCCUUUAUUGAGUUCGAUACCUACAUUCAGAAAACCAAGAAGCUUUACAUUGACAGUCGUGCUCGGAGAAACCUAGGCUCCAUCAACACUGAAUUGCAAGAUGUGCAGAGGAUCAUGGUGGCCAAUAUUGAAGAAGUGCUACAACGGGGAGAAGCACUCUCAGCAUUGGAUUCGAAGGCUAACAAUUUGUCCAGUCUGUCCAAGAAAUACCGCCAGGAUGCGAAGUACUUGAACAUGCGUUCCACUUACGCCAAACUUGCAGCAGUAGCUGUAUUUUUCAUCAUGUUAAUAGUGUAUGUGAGAUUCUGGUGGCUGUGAAGUAGUGAAUCCAGUCACUGGCAAGGGAGAACCUAGAACCCAGCAGGUGUAUGUUUUCAGGAAGCUGAGCUCACAGAGAUGCGUAUUAGAAUCCAAGUGGAACUUCUGCCUCUAAAGACCUUGCAAGGAAAGACAUGUCCUGAAAAUGAAAGAUUACGCCUCAUUUAAUGAAGCUUAGCCCUAUGUAGAAAGUGUCUUUUGGUGGCAGAGGCUUUCUCUGGGUGCUAAGCCAUGUAUGUUAGGGAACAGUAGAUUGUUUUAUUUGUUUUUUUCCCUCCCUGUGUUUUAUAUUUUUAAAACAGCACUGACUGGGCAUUCUCAUCUCUAAUGGAGCCGUCAGUGAGAUUUGGCUUAACCAACCUGUGCUAGCAACAGUCUGAAAUCCCUUCAGAGAAGGCAGCCCUUUGGAAAGGUUUUGGACUCUGUUUAAUCAACAUUCCGUUUGUUGGUGACACUUGUGAUUUUUCAGGAAUCUGAGUUGUUGAUGGCCUUUUAAAUAAGACUCCAGUAUGUGAAGGUUAAUUGCUGUGCUGCAAGAGAUCCUGUCUAUUGGCCCCUGUAGGAAGUUAACCUUUGUUGUUUUCCAUUUAUGAUGUUUUGCUUAUUGCACAAUUGCUUUAGGGUUAAAUGAAUUAUAUUGAUGCCUUGAAAUUAUAGCACUCCGUGAUUAAGAAGCUAAAAUGUUUUCUGUCAUUUACUCCUUAAAAGACUUAAAUGUUUUGUUUGGGACAUUCUUAAUUUUAUUUUUCUGCAUCUGGUUUAUAUUAAUCUAAGAGUGAAUGUAGCAUACUGAUAGCCAGAGGCCCCUGACUUAGUGACAAAGAGAGGCCAGCUCAUGACUACAGCUUUGUCCUGCCCCUUUCUCACUUUUUCUCCACUACGAUUUUCCCCACUCUUCCUCCUGCCACAAUUUGCCAACAUUUUUUAAAUUCCUCUAUGUCCAGUAGUUUCAUGUGCCUCUCAGGAUAUCCUCAAAUAUCAAAAUGGAAAAUAUUCAGUUGCGUAGUUAAUUAAAUUGAAAUUUUUCAGAGCAACUACUCAAACUACUAAACACAUUUAUCUGAGAAAAUCUGAGAGCACCUUGUAUCUGCUUCAGUUAUGUAAUUCUCUGAGAAUGUUCUAGAAAUAGGUAACUCAUUUACAAUAGCUUCUAUUAACAAAUAAAAGUACCUAUGAUUUUUCCCUUUUUUGCUCAGGGAUAAUGGGGAUUUCCUUUUACCUUCUGAGGUAGAAUUUUUUAAAUGGGGAGAAUAGGCCUUUUAAAUAUUGUCACAAGGGUCUACAAUAUAACCUGUAAUUCCUACACAUACUGCAAACAUUUCUUUAAAUUGUACAGGAAAAUGAGCCUACUUCUUAAAAUCUUUGGAAAGAACUUUAACCAGUAAGCAAUUUUAUAACUCAGGAUCAUCAAACCUACUGUUCUGAUUCCUGAUAGAGAAAAAAAUUCUAUUUCUUUAAAACAAGGCAAGGAGAAAUGCUUAUUUUAUUCCUGAUAAUUUACAGAACUAGAAUAAAAUUUUUUUCUUUCCAUUUUGGACCUAUGUCUGCCAAUUGGAGUUUUGUGCAUGAAAUAAGAAGUUACUUUUUAUAGAGAAUAAGUGCUUUGAAGUCCCUAAAAGGCUUAUCCUAAGUAAUGAUAUUGGUAAUAAAAGCCUUUGAAAGGCUGAAAACCUAAGUAGUGGUACCAUAGCAUUUGGUACUUCUGUAGGAGUGGAGAAUGGCAGCUCGUUGAGAGUUGCAUGCUGCAACCAAGUAGUCAGCAAUGAAAUAAAUACUUCUAGAAUGUUC